AUGCUUUGGACUGGCUCCAUUCUCGGCCAGGCAUCGGCGGGAUAUCGAAAACACGUUCAAAACGGCAACUUGAUCGACCGUCAAGUCCAAUACCAGGGAACGGACCGUCGACUGUGCUUGUCGCUUUCGCACUAUCUAUCGCAACGUCGACGCUGGGGCGCCAACGCCUACAUCAACGCGUUUGUCACCUUCACCCAGCAGAACCAGCACGUCGUCACUCGAAUCUGGAUGUCGCUCCAACUCACUCGCUCGACAUUGGUGUUUUUUCGUAUGUACAGCUUUGCUCACUUUAUUUGUAAUGAGGUGACCAAGUUCGGCAAGCUCGGCGUCGUACCGUUGUGA